ACUUGUCUUUAUCUCACAACUGGGGAAAGAAAUAGUUGAUCUGCUGAAGUUACUCCACAAUCUUCCAUCCCUAACUUCAAACCCUAAAAUUGAAAAAUUAAAUUAAAAAAGUUUCCCAUUCCUCCACCCCUUAACCACUCACUCACCAAAAAUUUCCCAAAUCUCUCAGUCUUACAUAGAAAACAAGAAAAAGGAAAGAUAAAGCGCAGGCAGCCAUGGCGCUCUUUAGCCAAGAAUUCAUCAGCAAUGGAGCCCAGCUGAAAAACCCACAUUACUGAAGUGUUCUGCAAAUGGGCAAGGGAGAGGAUGUGGAAACUUUCCCAAGUACAGCACUUGAUGGUCAGGGUACAAGCCCCGGUGCUGGAAACAGUAAUGGCUGCUGCUCGGGCUGCAGUAGGCUUAAAGGGUUGGCGAGUUUCAGAUGUGUUUUUGCUUUGGUGCUCGGUGUUGCAGUGCUUUUGUCUGCUGUUUUUUGGCUGCCAGUCUUUCAUUUUCGAGAUCAGAAAGAUCUGGAUCUGGACUAUGCAGGUCAUGAUAUAGUGGCAAGUUUUAUGCUGAAGAAACCAGCUUCUUUUCUCAAAGACUAUAUCUUGCAACUUGAAGAUGAUAUUUUUGACGAGAUGAGCUUCUCCUCUACUAAGGUAGAAGUAAUAUCUUUAGAAUCGUCUGCUGGAUCAAACAUAACGAAGGUUGUGUUUGCAGUUGAAUCUGAUGUGACAACACAAAGUUUGAUCAGAGCCUCCUUCGUCUCGCUGGUUACACAUCAAUCAUUUCUCCAUUUGACUGAAUCGUUGUUCGGGGAUCCUUUUUCUUUUGAGGUGCUCAAAUUCAGAGGAGGGAUCACUGCUAGUCCUGAGCAGAAGGCAUUUCUUAUGCAAAGUGUUCAGAUCCUUUUUAACUUUACCUUGAACUUCUCCAUUGAUCAAAUCAUAAACAACUUUGACGAACUUAGGAGCCAACUGAAAACGGGCUUACGUUUGGCUCCAUAUGAGAACUUGUAUAUUCGACUGACUAAUCUAAAGGGUUCGACCAUAGCUCCGCCGACAACAGUUCAAUCGCAAGUUCUUCUGGCGGUGGGCAUUAAUCCCUCGAAGUCAAGGUUAAAGCAGUUGGCUCAAACUAUCACUGGAUCUCACACAAAAAAUCUUGGUCUGGAUAACACUGUAUUUGGCCGGGUUAAGCAAGUUAGUCUUUCAUCCAUAUUGCAACACUCCCUCGGCAGUGAUGGAAGCAGUCCAUCACCAUCACCAUCGCCAUCACCUUCUCCAUCUCCCAUGGCGAAUUCCCACCAUCACCACCGCCGCCACCAUCGUGAUGCCAGUCUUUCUCCUAGGAUUGCACCUUCGCCGUCAAUAUUGAAAGGUGGAUCUGUAACUGGGAAAAGAUCACCCAUGUCUACCCCUGUGCCUGCACCGGCGCCUGGCAAGAAUAAUGCAGCUGAGCCUCCUGCUUGUCAUUUUGGUUACAAUAAUAGGUAUCCGUGGAAGCACAAUAAGCACUCUCACACGGCACCCUCUGCAUCACCCGUUUAUGCACCGCAUGCUGCUCCAUCACAGCCGAAGCAAACAAAACACGGCACACCUAAAGUGUCACCGGUUCCUGCAGAAAGUCCCUUGCCAAAUUUAGCUCACUCUCAUAGUCUGCCUCCAUCACACAGUGAAUAUCAUGCAAGUGCGCCGGCUGUUGUGCCAUUAAUUUCUCCCUCGCCGUCUCCGUCUUCUGCAGGAAUCUUCUUGUCCAACUCUUGGGGUUUGCUGCUGUUAAUAUUACUUGGAUUGCAUUUAUAGCAGCAGAAAAUAAGAAACAUCAUUUGGUUGCUGCCUGGUAAAAGAAUGCUUCUGCAUAUCGAUCUGUAAAAAACGAGCAGUUUAAACUGGAGUUUUGCUGGUGAGAGCAAUGCCAAAAGGGUAUGCUCUUCACCGUUGAGUGCAUAUAUAUCGUCAGUUGCUUGUAAAUAGUUGAUUAAAAGUUCAGUGGCUAAAUGCGUGAAGGUCAAAGUCACACAGGUGACAGGCCUACCGUGGCGUGCACUGCCACUGAGUUGUGUAUGAUAUCUCUUCUACAUAAAUUUGAGGAGGGAAAAUCAACAAAUGUAAAACAACUUUUUGUUUCUAAUCUCUUACAAGCCUACAAGCAAUGAUUUUUCA